CAGACUGCAAGGUCGCUCGAACCGCCGGAGCUGGUACCACAGGGUCCUCGGCAACUUUAUGCCGAAAAACCUUCAGCCCAGAACUCGCUGCACACCAGCUACGGAGAAGGACCGUCACUAGGACCCCACAGAAUGGAGCAAGAAUGAACAGAAAGUGGCUGAAAGAAAAGCAUGAACUGGAGGUUUAUUGAAUUCAUCUACUUACUGUUUAUAUGGGACCAUAUAACAGUAAAACCUUCCCACCAGGAUCCUACAGCCACCCAGAACCAUGUCACCAAGCAGUUUGAUUGGCUUAUAUCGGACAGGGGCCCUUUCCACAAUUCGAGGGGUUAUUUAUCCUUUGUGGAAAGAUAUCGUCAAGGAUAUACAACAAGAUAUAAAAUAUAUAGAGAGUUUGCACGAUGGAAGGUGAGAAAUACUGCAGUCGAGAGGAGGGACCUAAUCCGGAAUCCUAUCCCACUGAUGCCUGAAUUCCAAAGAAGCAUUCGUUUGCUUGGAAGAAGGCCUUCAACCCAGCAAGUGAUUGACACCAUUAUCCGAAAGUACGGAACACAUGUCCUGUCAUCUGCAGUCCUUGGAGGAGAGGAAGCACUUACUAUGUAUAUGGACAAAAGCAAGUUAGAUAGAAAGUCAGCAAAUGCCAGUCAGAGUGUAGAGGCCCUUCAUCAGCUCGCCUCUUCAUAUUUCAUUGAUCGUGAUGGGACCAUGCGAAGACUUCAUGAAAUCCAAAUCUCUACUGGAGCAAUCAAGGUGACCGAGACACGGACCGGACCAUUGGGAUGUAGCAGCUAUGAGAACCUUGACUCAGUGAGCUCAGUACUACUGCAGAGUCCUGAGAGCAGACUGCACUUGCAAGGUCUCCAGGUUGUUCUUCCUGAAUACCUAAGGGAGAAGUUUGUGCAGUCAGCCUUAAGUUACAUCAUGUGCAAUGCGGAGGGGGAGUACAUCUGUAAGAACAGUCAGUGUGCUUGUCAAUGUGCAGCAGAAUUCCCGCAGUGUAACUGUCCCAUCACCGACAUCCAGAUCAUGGAAAAUACAUUGGCCGGUCUUACUGAAGCUUGGAAUAAUGCCUAUAAGGAUUUUGAAAUGUCAGUUGAAUUCAAGAACUUCUUGAAGCGUUUGCCCACCACCCACUUCCUGAUGAUGGGGACUGUUCACCAGUACUGGGGAAAUGACUGGGAUCUCCAAGCACGCUACAAGAUGCUCCUGAGCAGUGUGGAGAUGUUGAAGCUGAAGAUCCAGCGCACAGCCCGCAAGCUUUUCAGUCUCAGUAUCCGUUGUCGGCACAAUCCCAACCACCAGAUGCCUCGAGAAAGGUCAGUACAUCAGUGGCUGAAUCGAGUCCAGUCGUUUUUAUACUGCAGCGAGAACGGGUACUGGGGCAUCUUCCUGGAGAGCCAGAAAACCUGCGUGUGCCACACCGUUGCCAAUCUGUGCCAGCGGGCCAUCCCCUGCAACAUCGGUAGCAACAGCAGCUGCGCCAUGUGCAGCCUAGCCAACAUCUCCCUCUGCGGUUCCUGCAACCGUGGAUACAAGCUCUACCGGGGCCGCUGUGAGCCUCAGAAUGUGGACUCGGAGCGUAGCGAGCAGUUCGUCAGCUUUGAGACGGAGCUGGACUUCCAUGACCUGGAGCUGAAUUACCUCCUGGCCAAGAAGGACUCGAGACUAUCCAUCCAGACCAUGUUCAUUAGCAACGAGAUCCGCUUGGACACCUUCUUCGACCCCCGAUGGCGGAAGCGGAUGUCGCUGACCCUUAAGAGCAACAAAAACCGGGUGGACUUCAUCCACAUGGUGGUGGGCCUGUCCAUGAAGAUCUGUCAGAUGAGAAACAGCAGCCUGGACCCGAUCUUUUUUGUUUACAUUAACCCCUUCAGCGGCAGUCACUCGGAGGGCUGGAACACGCCGAUUGGCGAGUAUGGUUAUCCCAGCUGGGAGAAAACGAGACUGCACGACUCUCCAUGCUAUAACUGGACCCUGCUCCUGGGUAACAGGUGGAAGACAGUCUUCGAGACUGUCCACAUCUACCUGCGCAGCCGGGCCAAGCUGCCGGCCGCCCUGCGCAACGAGACGGCCCAGGGUCCCGUGGACCUCUCGGACCCCAACAAGCGGCAGAUCUAUAUCAAGAUCUCAGACGUGCAGGUGUACGGCUACAGCCUGCGCUUCAACACCGACCUGCUGCGCAGCGCGGUCCAGCAAGUCAAUCAGUCGUACGCGCAGGGCAGCCAGUUCCACUCCUCGUCCUCGGUCAUGCUGCUGCUGCUGGACAUCCGAGAGCGCAUCAACCGGCUGGCGCCGCCCGUGGCCCCAGGCAAGGCGCAGCUGGACCUCUUCUCCUGCAUGCUCAAGCACCGCCUCAAGCUCAACAGCAGCGAGGUCAUGCGGGUAAACCAUGCCCUGGACAUUUACAACUCCGAGGUCCUGAAGCAGGCUGACCUACUGACAACGAAACUUUGUUGACUUUUUCCGACAGGAUUUGUACAGCGGCAAAAAAAAAGAGAGAGAGAGAAAAACACAAACACACGUACCACAAAGUGAUUUCUUGGGGAAAGGCAAGGAGUCGAUGGGGAGUGUUGGGAAGGGGCAUUGGGUGAUUUCAGCAAACCAAUUUGUCCAAGCAUGGUUCUUCUCCCUUCAGACAAGGACACCUUUGUCAUUCCCACUUUACGCGAAGGAAGGCCUUCCAGGAUGUGUGAGGCAGUCAGGAAUAUUUGUUGUGAACUACUGCCAUUCCAAAAUAUUAUUCGCAUUCUUAUAGUUUCCACAGGUGCACAUGCUAGCUGGUAACUAGCAUGAAUUUGUACAGAAAAUGCACACACAUACACACAUGCACACAUACACACGCGCACGUGCAUUCACACUCAUACAAGUGCACUCACACGCAUACAUGCACACACACACCAUUACAAACACACACACACACACACACAAAAUAAAAAUAGUUCUACUGGGGUAAGUGGGAUGGAAAACAAUUCAAAAAUAAUUAAGGAAUAAGGGGAUGUGCCAUAUAUGAGCAAGUGUGGAGCUUUUUUAUGGGGAAAGUCAGGAGUUUACUGAGGUGGGUGAAGGCACUGUUAUAAACAAUUUCAUUCUGUCUUUUAGUGACAUUCUUUGGCACAGUAGGACUGGAUUCAGGGAGCACCUUAAAAGACCAGUUUCCCUGAAAGUCACAUCAAUCUCACUUAAAGCUGUUCAUCAAGUGCCCCCUCAAAAGGUGGUCUCUUGAAUUCAAUAAUCAUAUUCAGAGUCGUAGAACUUGUAACCACAGAGCAGUGCAGUGUAUAUUAUCCUAUCUGUCCAGCAUUUAGAACAAAAAUUAAGCAGCAUCUUCGGUGAUAUUGACUCAGCAUUGGUUAACGAUAGUUGGCACAUCAGAAGAAAAAAAAUCUUAAUUAGAAAAGCUCAAAAGGGGAAGGAGGUCAGCUCGUAAAUUGAGAAAUAAAGAUUCAUAAUUUGACAGUGUUUACCCCUCACUGUUUGAUUAAUGAUGUGCAGAUGUUUAAGGGCCAUCCGCUGACUUAAUAAUUCAACACAAGCAUUUUUUACUCCCAUCGUUAGUAGGAAAUGGUCAGAAAGACCUGAUGAUUUUUUUUCUCUCAAUAAAAUGGGAAAGUGCUGAAAAUACAGAAUUAUCCAGAUGACAGCUGAAACAAAACAAAAAUAUUUGCCCAUUAUUUGGAAAAUUCUGCAUCUAGUCAGAAGACAAUUUCAUUUUCUUUUUCAGAUGCUGAGUGGCCUGUUCAUUCCUGUCAUUUUCAUUUUUAAAUGAUUUCAAAUAAUUGUUUUAAUUCUAGCAUUAUGUUUUCUUUCUCAGUCCUGAAGAAGGGUCUCAGCUAAAACAUCCAAUGUCUAUUCAUUUCCAUAGAUGGUGCCUGACCUACUGAGUUCCUCUGGCAUCUGUGUGUGUUGCAUUAUAUUUUCUUUUGUGCUGUCUGUCCUUAAGUGAGCAGAGCUCAUUGUGGCCUCUGACUGAUCAAAAUCUGAUGUAUAUUUCCUGGCAAGGAUCCAUUUCCUACAGUUUUACAACCCGCUUAUAAUUUCAGAAAAGGUCUUUGACCCUGAGACAUUCUGACUAAUUAAUUUGUCACACGUGUUCAACUUACGAAGGACCAGGCAGUUUGGAAUAAUAAACCUGCGGGUGGGUUCAGGAAGGGAAAUUCCCAUUGUUAAAUGUGGAGAUGACAGCUAGUUUCCAGCAUUUCACCAGAUCCUGCAGCUCAAUAAUGCAUACGUUAAAAAGACCUCCAUAAGUAUUAUGAAGUUUGUAGAGUGAUGAACAUUUUUAAAAGAUUUUAUUAUCCUGGUUUUCAGAUACUCUUUUGCAUCCAUGUAUUUUAAUUCCACACAAUAGUCAACUUCAUGUUGAUGGCAUGAAUCUAGGAUUAGUUCAACAACUGUGUGUACGUGUGUGUUCUGGAGCAAGUUUCAAUUUUCAUUAAUUUGCCUCUCAUUUUAAUAAUUCUAUCCAUCCUUUGAAACUCUAAUGCAAAGCUUCUUUUGUGAGGUGUUUUAGUCGAUUCAGUAAUGAUAUGACAUUCCCUAACAAAUGCAAGAAAAGUAAAAUCCAAGUGCUUGUGAAUCUCAUACAUCCCUAUUCUUUUCACUAAAUUGUGUUCUUGUUGAGUGACAUUGUUCUCUUGUUUUUUUUCUCUCCCCUAUACAUAACUGUAAUUCUUCCAACUUUCUCCACAUAAGGUCAAUAUUCCAUCUGGCUGGUUCAAACAGUGAUUGGGAUGUUAGGAAAGAGGAAAGGCCUCCCAUUCCGGAUCACUGUCUAUUGUUAGGAAUUUCUGUUGUUUUAGAAGAAAAGUCUGGAAUAUUCUUGUACCUUUGUUAUCUUACAAUAAUCUCAUCAAUCUCAAGUCAUGUUUCAACUCAGCUGGAUGGCUGUGAUAUAAUAUCUUCUCCACUAUGACAGUAUAUAUGACUUUAAUUAUCAUUUUGGCAUAUCCCACUCCAUUGUUGCGUCUGCCUUCUGCAGAUUUGGCGGUACAUUGAACUUUUGUCUUUUUUGCAGUGUUAGGCAGAGAAAGGAAAGAUAUUUGCAUAAACCUAGGAACUGGAGCAUAAGUGAAUGAGAGGACAUUUGAUAGAGGUAUGCAAAAUUACGAGAUUCAUGGUUUGAUGAGGCUUAAUAGUUUGGUUUCAACAUUUCAGGGAAAUUUGAGUAUGUAUGUGGAUGGGAGGAAUAUGUAGAGCUAUAGUGGGACUAGACAUUAACAUUUUGAUGUAGACUAGAUGGGCUGAAGGGCCAGCUUCUGUGAUGUAUUGUUCCAUAACUCUAUAACUCUGGGAUUGCUUAUGGACUUAAUGAGUUGAAUGCCCAUCCUCUACAUUAUGAGGUAAAAUAGGCAUGGGGGGGCAAUGUGCAUCAGAUUUAUGGAUACUGUUACUGCAGUGAUAUUUAAUCAGAUCCCUUGAUCUGCAUCUAAAGGAGCAGAUACCUUGCAGUUUAUACUCGUGUAGAAGGAGCAGAACUAUUGGAUGCUGCGUAAGAUUUUUUCCAUUCAUUCAACUAUUUCUUGGGAACACAAAGGGAAUAUUUUCACAAGAAUAUCCCAUUGGUCUUUGGGUUCUGAAAAUGAAAGCCCUUGAGAGCCAUAGUCAUUUCUAUGAAAUGUUAAACAGAGGUAAAAUGUUAAGAUUGGGUUGCUAUAUCCACUUGUAUUGGCUUACAGACAUAUAUGGCAUGACAGUGAGAUUGGACAAAGCCAAGUUUGUGAUAGGACCACAACAGUAAGAAAUUUAGAUUCCCUACAUUCCUGCUUUGAGGAAAGCUUCACAGAGACAACACUGAGAAGAUCCAAUGGGAAAAUUGAUUAUCGACCUCUGCAUUUUACAAACUUUGUAAAUGUAAUAUAGAUUCUCAUCCAAGUGCUCAUUUCAUUUUGUUAAGAGAACUUCAUCUCCAGCUUCUGAAACAUGAAACAAGAAUGCAAGUACUAGAAUUUUGAAAUAAAAGCAGAGGAUGCUUGAAAUAUUCAUCAUGUCAGGCAGCACAUUUGGGGAUAGAAACAGAGUUCUUUUCAUCAAAACUGAGCAAAGUCAGCAGUCAACUAUGUUUUAAGUUACAGGCAGAAGGUGAGCAGGCUAAACAGACUCUCUAUGAUAUGGGAUGCUGGAAUUAAGGGGAAGAAAAGUGAGGAUAAAUCUAUUGGCAGCAUCAUGUUGAAGGUCGUGGGAAAUAAGGAGAGAGAGGAGGGGACAGAAAUGUUGGUAAUUGAACAGAUGCGACCGAGUCCUCUGUUACUCAAUCACUGUCAUUUCCUUUAUUUUCUCCACUCCCCAAAUUGUUCUUAAAACAUAUUAAUUUCUUUUCUCUGUACCGGUGAAAAGUCAGCGACCAGAAAUGUUGACUCAUUUUCUCUCCGCAGAUACCGCGUGACCUGCUGAGUAUCCUCAACAUUCUGUUUUAAUCUCAAGCAAACCCUUUCUGUUUCUUGGACCUCUAGUAUCUUGAAUGUUCCAUUCUGGCAUCCUCCCCCUUCCUUCCCAACCCUGAAGAAGUGUCUUGGCUUGAAACGGCGACUAUUCAUUUCCAUAGAUGCUGCCUGACCUGCUGAAUUCCUCCAGCAUUUUGUGUGUAUUGCUUUGAAUGUUCCAUGCCCAGUGCAUAACAAUCAAAUGUCUCUGAUGUUUUCAGCUCCAGCUUUAUGAUCAACACAUCAUUCUGUUCAACAGCAUUGAUGGCAGUUUUCCUUUAACUAUUAACAGCAGGAGAUGAAGGUGUUUAAGGAGAACCAGUCUAGUUUGAUGCAUUUUGGUAACAUCAUACUAUGGUGAGAUGGGGAUAACUGCUGGAACAUGGAAAAUUUUAACCAGUUAGACUUUUUUGUACUCAUCCAGCAAUGGCCUCUCUUUGUUUUAUCACACUGUUAGCACCCUAUAAAAUGGAUGGCAAGUACUCACAGCUGUGGCUGAAGAUUGCUGAGAUUAGAGCCUCGAAUAUCUAUAAAAUAUUAUGUGAUACCUAUCACAGUAGACUUUUAUGCUGUCAAAAGAGAAUGAUUAAAAAUGUUCGCAAUUAACAGCACAGCUGUUGGUGAGUACUUCAUCAUUGCCCUGUUACUUCAUUCCUGACUAUAAAAUAUUGGCAAUGCACUCACUCAAUUUGGAACCAGUGUGGAUGAUCCUGAAGGAUGAAGCAAAUUGUUAGCUGUGGACAUUUAUCGACCAGUGUAAUGUAAUUUUGGAGUCCAGGAAUACCGUGGCACCAUCCAAUUUGUUAUACCACAGUGAUACGAGGGUAUUUUGUAAUAUAGCAUUGGUGAUAAGUUAUUGUACUCAUUGAGAGAAAAAGUUACACAAGGGAAAUGUCCACUGAUGAUUGAUAACAAUUUUCAUUUAUGUAUGGCAUUUUUCUUCUUAGACAGGCAUGUGGAAUUAUGAAUGACAUACGUUCACUCCAGUUUUGUGGAUUUCAAAGUGACUGACUUUUCCACAGAUAGACAGAUGGUGGUUUGAAGGGCAGAAUAGUAGAACGAUUUUGAGGAAGUUUUCUCCUUGCACCCUUAUACAAUGUCUAUGCAUACUCUUGAUACAUUAAUUAGAUAUACUCAAUACCAUCCCAAGUCUCUUUCAUUUUGAGCCAGAGAUUCCCAGGUUCAGUAGAGAUAUUCUACUUAUUCAAGGAUGCUUUGAGCACAUCCUUGAACUUUUUCCUCUAUACACCUGGUCAUGUUCUGCCAUGAAUUGAAGACAUGGUCUGCCCAAUGUCGUCAACUGUAGCAUUAGUGACCUGAGUGGAGAAGUCAACGUAAUUGUUGAAGAAAUGUGGGUGCAGGAAUGGUUAUCCCAGACAUGUUAUUUAUUUAGUCAAUGCACAAGAAAAUCUCUUAUCCAGGCAGUGUGCAAAUGAACAAGGGUUCAUUAGAAUAGCUUCAGUGGAAGGGAAACUGGUAUUUUACUCUGAAAAAUAUUUUGACCAACCAGAGGAUAUUUCAUACACUUGCUUACCACUCCCUUCACAUGGAAAUUCGUUUGUGAUAUGAAGUGACUAUUGAUUUUCCCUGUAGGUCAGCCAAUGACAACCAGUUAGGCAAUGUAAUGUGAACUUGGACUGAAGGCAGCUUGGAUAUCCGGUGAGCUAUCUCAGGAACCACUCUGUUUCAUUCAUUAAUGGAGUCACAUACCAAACUGGCCUUUGCCGGUAAUGUAAUGUUAUGUGAGUUAUUUGGGCAUUGAGAGAACCAAGAGAAAAAGGGUUUGUGCAAACUCCCAGUUAGAGUCUUGCAUAAUUUUAUUGAACAGCCAAGCAGGCAAAUGUGGCUAAAUGGCUCACUCAGUCCUUGAGAUUCUGUGGCCUUCAUUCCAGAUUUUGAUUGCAAGGUAGCUGCACAUUGCUGAGCAGAUCAGCAGUGAUGAACAAUUUUCUACAUUGGAAUCCUGUUUUCUCACGAGAUCCCAUAUCUUCAAAACAUGCUCAUUUCUUCUGCGGAUUAACAGAAAUAUUCUAAAAGUAUGAAAAAUCCUUAAAAAAAUCUGUAAGCUGAGUUGAAUAAUGAAACUACAAGCAUCUUAAUGCUUGCAAAGAGCAGCAUUGAUUCAGAUGACAGCACAUUUUCCUUCCUUCUGCUUUCCAAAAGAUGUGUGUUUCAGAUACUUCCCAGAAUCUAAGCUGAUGCUCCAAAAUAGUACAAGGAGUGUGCUGCCCUUCCUUUUUAACCUAAGGCUUGGGAGCCUUUUCAGGUGAGGAAAAAGCACCUGCACAAUGAGUUGGGAGAAAAGCGGAGAUGCUCAAGCCAAAAUACAUCCUUCACUAAAAAAAAAACUGCAUAGUAAAACACUUUAUUUGCUUGUUCUCAUUUGAAGAUAGCCUGGAGAAAGUUUACUAGUAACUGCCCUACUCACAUUAUAAACUGAGCUGUGUUACACUUUGGGAUAUUUCAUAAAUAUAUGAGGUGCUUAAUAAAUCCAAGACUCUCUCUGUCCCUUCUUUCUUUUGCGGUUUUGAAAUGUUUUGCAGAAGACAGCUCUUGAUGCUGUAGACUUUGGAGUAGAUAAGAUGCAGACAAUUUCUGUUUCAGUUGAUAAUAAUUCAUGUUUAUGCGAUCACUUUCAGUUAUAUUAAAAGCAGGCACUAUCUCUGUUCAAUUAUUGAUGGCAUGUCUCAAACCAUUAUGUAUGUGAGAAAUUGAAGUACUCUGCUGGAAGCUAAUUAUCACUUAAGCACCAUACGUAGCAAAAUGAGUAACUAGAAGCUGCAGUUAAUUGCUGCCUUAUUUAAAAUGUUGUACACGUUUAUAAAGAAAACUGUCGAUUGUUGAGAUUCAGAAGUGUCGAGGGAGAUCUUUAAAUGCUAUGCACAAUGCAGUUUGAGAAAUUAGACAACUGGGGGCGAAGUUGCGUGGAUACUUACUACUUUAAAAGGCCAAUUUAAAAAGAAGUUUUACCUGAAGGGUCAUCAAUUCACAUAUAUGUUCGUAUCUCUCAUACUCUGAUGUUUUGUUCACUCUUCAAUUUGUAAUCAGUGACUGUCAAUUUCCAAAUAAACCUCACUUAUAUGGCCUGGUUAAGUUUAAGGAUCAGUGUUGCAAUUAUACAUCCAGACGAAGAUGUGUGGAACCCUCACCUCUGGAUGUGUGGUUCUUAUUAGGAGUGCAAAGUCUGGAAACAAAAAUUAACAACAUGUAGUAGCUAUAUUUAGAAGAUCUAUCAGUUUUGACUUUGGUGUCAUCUCCCCUUCAUUGAUUAACUAGAGGCAAUUAGAAGCAGGUGUUAUGUGUGAAUUUUUGUAGCUGGUUCAAGAACAUAAUUUCAUACAUGUGGUCAAUUGCACUUCGGUGAUAAUAUCCCUGCAAAAUAUCUUCCCACUGAGGUUCCUUUCACCAUUGUCCUGGAAUGGGAAGUAGUACCACUGAUUAAGGCAAUACAUUAUUCAGCUGCAUAAACACAAGAGAAUAUACAUAUACUGCAAAUCUCGAGUAACACACGAAAUGCUGGAGGAACUCAGCAAGUUAGGCAGCAACCUGCCAUCUUGAACUCCUUCACCUGCUCUCUACCUUCGUAUUCUGCUUCUGCCCACUUCCUUUCCAGUCCUGAUGAGGAAUUUGGCCCGAAGUGGCGACUGUCCAUAUGAAUAAAACAGCAUUAUCCACAAUAUGUCAUUUCAUUCAAAAAUCUCCAAUCAGCUCAAAUAGCAACAAAUUAUAAACAUCUGAAAGUCUACAGAUGCUGGAAUUCUAAAGUAACACACACAAAAUGCUGGAGGAACUCGGCAGACCAGGCAACAUUUAUGGGAAUGAAUAAACAGUUGAUGUCUUGGGCCGAGACCCUUCUUCAGGACUCAUUUAGCAAAACUGCAUCCUUCAUGCACACCCCAGUUCUUGAGAAAAGAAUAAAAUUAUCCUCCUGAUACCAAAACAAAACAGAAAAUGUUUGAAAUAGCUGGUCAAGCCACGUCUGUGGAAAGAGAAACAGAGACAAUGGUUCAGAUGGAAGACCAUUCACCGUUCUUCACUAAUUUUGAUUAUCCAUGUGAAGCCCUCUUACAUGUACUAAUUUGUCUAGUUCCUUGACAUUGAUAAUCAAUGAGCAUGCAGAUUGACAAGAAAUAGCUCCAACCAAGAAGGUGAAAAUUGUUGAACCAUUUAUGAGUUCUGCUUUCAUUUUGCUGUUUCAAUUUAACUGCAGGAAAAUUAAACUGACUAUUCCAACUAAUUAGUGCUUGCUGGCACGUCCCUUAUAAAAGCUCUUCUCGUGCCACAACGUAAGCUUAAUUUUCUUUAGCUUUGAUCUAGUGUCCUACAUUAAAUCCAUGCCAGAACUUGAAAAAUAGGAUAAAAUGAGGCUGUGAAGGUGCUUUAUAAAUGAAAAUCUAACUUUUUUCCCUUAUUCUUUAGUAUAUCAACAUAAUUUACCUCAAAAACUCUGUCUCACAUUUCACCAUUCUCAGGAUAGAGUUGUUUCUACUAAAUUCUUUAUUGAAUUCACUGAUAAUGAUCCCUAAAUUAUGGGCCCUUUGUAAACAAUAUAAACCCUUUCCUUUCACUCCAACGGACACCAUGAAAGUCCCAUAAUUGCUCUGUAUUGUGCACUCACCAGAAUGCAUGUUCACUGAUUGAGAACCCUGAACAGAGAGGAAGCUGAUUUUAAAAGGGUGAAAUCCCUGCCUAAUGAAAGGAUAUUUUUGCUAUUUUAGAGAAACAGAGACGUAUAUGAAAUGAGAUUGUAAAGCAGAUAUAUUAUGAGCAUUUUCUGUGUUUUGUCAAGCAUCCAAAAGAAGGAACUCACUUUUACAAUUCAUUCAGAUGCCAACCUGGGUGCUGUCUGAAGAGAUGCCACCUAAGCAGUGAGUGGCACAGUGGAGCCACUGUCUCACAGCUCCUGACUUCCAGGGUUGUUUGUAUGGAGACUGUAUGUUCUUCCUGUGAUCAUAUUGGGUUUCCUCAGAGUGUUCUGGGUUCCUCCAAAGAAAGAUUGGCAGGUUAGUAGAUUAAUUGACCUCUGUAAAAUUCCCUCUAGUGUAGCCGUUUGGUAGAAUUGUUGGGAUGUAGAGAAUGGAUGACAGGAAAAAAACAAUUGGCGAAUGGGAUUGCUGUGAGCUGGUAUUGACUAGAGCGACUGAAUGGCCACCUGUGUCAUUUGGAAGCACGGACAACUAUUACAGAGGGCAUUGCAAUUGAACACAAGUACUCAGUUUAUUGUGAUUGUGCGGUAAAACUUGUAACCUUGAAAUGCAAGCUUAACUUCUGCUUUCCCCAGGGAUUACAAGAAUGGAGUGCUGGUGGAGAUGGGCAUUCCCAAAUCAAUAGCAUUCAUGGUCUGUUGUACUGGCUCACUGUGAAGCAAUGCACCAGAGAGCUCUGAUGAUCUGAUCACUGUACUCUGAAGAUUAUCGUCUCAUGGUUGACUUGCCCCAAAGUGCUGUUGAUGCAGAAUCCAGUCCAUUCUAAAUCAGUGGAGAUUUGGAAUAAGAGAGAGGCAGGCAGAACAUAAUAUAAAAAUUAAACUGUUUAUUACAAUUCCUUGGGUCAUACUAAAAAUAUAUUAAAAUCUCGCUUUAGUCAAUCAUCGCAACUUGGUACUAACAUAUGUUUACUGAAUUCUCUUUUGUAUUGUCAUUAUUCCCUUCACCUUUAACUGGACAGCAAAAUGAUUCAGAAAGAAACAAAGAUGAGUCCUGAAUAAGUCAGUGAUUUGUUUUGGAUGAAGAGCUUUUGAAUGUCUUGACCUUGGUAUAUGAAAUCGCUGGAUAUCAUUUAACCUGUUUGAAUACAAAAAAAAAGCUGCCUGUGGAUGUUGUCUGUCGGUCAACUUGCCUUUUUAAUUCUUAUGCUGUUGAGGUGUGAUGUGUUUGUAUCUUUUAAUGUAGCAGACUUGAGACUUUCCACAGUGCUGUUAAUAUGUGAAAAAAAAAUGAAAAUGGCAACAAUUAAGAUGUGUAUGCUUCAAUAAACUGUUUUUUAAUAGCUGGCAGUGUGUUACAGUGUACGUACUAAAUAUAUAGAAAUUGAGUUCUCAUCAUGUUGCCACAGUACCAGACCCA